AUGUUCAACUUUUUGUCGCCCAAAGACGACAGGUUCUUGUUUGAUGCCUGUCUCCAGGUCCGGGUGCAGGAUGACACCCAUCGGAGCAGCAGAUUACGACUCCAGAUACAGCUUUCGACGGACGUCUCCCCGUUCUCGGCGGAAAUCGUACAGCUCCAUUUAUUCGACGAGAACGAUCCAUACGCUUGUUACUCAGCACAAAUCAACGAUGAAGUCUUCCAGCGCUUGAAGAUCCAGCAGCAUCUCAUUAUCGAGUUCGCAGCGUUUCCUCAAACAUUGGUCGAACUUCUCCGUAUGUGUUCGAGCGAAGAAUCGUUGGCAUCGCCUCGUUACCAAUGUGAGCUGCGUCCGGAGAGAAUAUCGAACAGCGCCGUGUUGGACAUCACAGAAGUCAAUGGAUUCAAGAAGUUGGUUCACCUCAGCAUCCGGCUAAACCAAGCAGACGAAGGCAAUGUGCGCAAGAACAUGAUCACAACACUAACGCGUUUGAAGCUCGACAAGGACCGCGCGGAGGAAUGUCUCCGAGCGGCUGAAGCGAAACUCCACGAGCAACAGAACAAGUACGAGCGUCAGAUGGAGAGUCAACGCUUACAGAUAGAGAAGAUGAAGAGCGAUUUCGAGCACGACAUGAAUCAAUUGCGCUCGCGGGUCAACCUGGAAGUUCGGCGAGACACGGACGGCCUAAAUCGCGAAAUUCAGGACCGCAUGGAUCGACUCUGCUUCGAGAAAACUGAUAUCGAAACCUCGCUGAGGUCUCGUUUGAAUUCGCUGGAAGAGCAGAUAAAGUCUUUUGAUAACCAGAAAGCUUCCUUGGAGAACCGUAUCCGAGAGUCUCAGUCUGAAAUCCAACAGGUCGAGCUACGUCUAUCCCAAGAGAAAGAAACGAAUCGUAUGCUCCAGGAUAGACUCGAUAUAUUGAAUCGCACCGAUCCGGGGAAGGAGAACGCCGAACUUCGACUGAAACUCGCGCAGGUGAAAGUUGAUCUCGAAACGGCCAGGAGUACAGUCUGCAAACUGAAUUCCGAGAAAAGGCAUCUCGAAGAGUCGUUAGAGCACAAGCAAGGUCAAGUCGAGCGACGAGAUGCAGGCAUCAAAACCAUGUCGGAAGAUAUCCUCCGAGCCAACGACAUAAUUCAGAAGUUACAGGCGGAGAUAAAGACCUACCAUUCGAAGCUCAAGGUCCGUUCAGACGUAAUAAUGAAGCAAGAAGAACUCUUGGAGACGAAGGAUAAAGAAUUGCGCACCCUUCGGAAGAACCUCGAGGGUCAGAGUGAUGAUCCUCGAUUGCUACAAUUAGAGAAGCAGAUUGCCCAUAAAGAUAGCGUCAUUCAGUGGCUGAAUAAAAAACUCAAUGAGCUCCAGGGUCAUAAAGUUGACACGCCCCUCAUGACAGCUCCUAGUCCUCUUCAAGAGAAUAACCCCGCAACUUUUGGACGUCACUUGAGCAACAGACCGAGAUGACCCCAAACUGGAACUGGUAGCCUGCUGAACGUUGUGGGUGGCGAAACCUGUUCAUUGUAGAAUUGAUUUGGAUCAUGGAAAUACACUGAGGCGAA